GCAACUAUAUAUUUAGAUUGUAUUAUUGUAUCAUAUGCUAAUAAAACUAAUUUAGAGCACCUAGAGAAGAAAGGUUUAAAAGUUUAAAAACUUAGGUUUGACUCAGUAAAUCUAAAAACAUAUUAAGAAUGAUUAUGGUCAAGUAUGCUAGCCUCUAUUACAAGUUCAAGACUCUCCUACAAGAAAACAAAAAAAUCUAACUUCUCCUAUUCCAUCUAAUGCAGAUUAGAGCAUUUCUGUUAUUUUUGUUAUGAAAUCAUAAGUACAAUGACAGUAUUGAAAUAUUUAUUACAUUAGAAAUUUGUUAAAUCUCAACAAAUUUGUUAAAUUUACAACCAUGAUUAGAGCAGUAGAUCUAGAUUACAAACAUGGUUAGAGCUAGGGAUCUAACUAAAACGCAAGUUUCUACAAUAAAAUGGGAAAUUGUUUAUUUAGCAGCUCAGUUGAAAAAGAAGUGUCUAGACAUGAAUUGGCUUCUGACGAAUUUAUUUCAAAACUGUGUGGUGAAAUAAGCUAUAAUAUUGGAAGUGAUUGGUUGCGAUGGGGAAGACACCUUGGUCUAAGUGAUCCAGAUCUUGAUAAUAUUGAAUCUGAUAACAAAAAUUGUUAUGAGAAAGCUGAUAAUGUUUUGAAAAAAUGGAAGCAAAAAAAUGGAAAUCCUUCAUGGGAGCAAUUAAAAAAAAAGUUAAUGGAUUUUGAUCGUUUAGAUAUUGUGAAUAAAAUUGAAACAAAAUUUGGAGAUUCUUCAAAUCCACUAGAUUUUGAUAGCAGAGUUCAUGUCAAUAAAGAUAUACCAGAGGUAUACACAGCACUAAAAAACUAUUAUCUGAAAUAUUAUGGCAAAAUAAAUGAACUUCAACCACUAUUAAAAGCACCUGGUAAUGUUGAUCUAAUACAAAAAUUUGUUAAUCUAUGUAUUGUUGAUGCACAAAAUGCUCAAAUGGAUGUUGUUUGUAGCAUUGAACGAAAACAAUUUCUUGAAAAGCAAAUGAGUUAUACACCAAUUCCAUAUAGUGAAAUAUUUAUGAACGAAAAAUCAGUAAUAUUAAUAUCUGGAAUAGCUGGUAUUGGAAAAACAUGGUUGCUCAGAAAGUGUUUGCUCGAUUGGUCGAAUAAUAUAAUUUGGAAUAAUGUUGAACUAGUAUUUUAUUUGGAAUGCAGGAGGCUUAAUCAAUAUCAAAAUGUUUCGAAUAUUAAUGAAUUACUAAAUGUUUUCUACAAACAUAUUUUAAAUGAUUUUGAUAUUAGUAAGCAUACUACAUUGUUUAUAAUUGAUGGACUAGAUGAAUUUAAAUAUUUAAAUGAGUUAUUAAAUCCAAAUUUAAGGUGUAUCUUUCCGAUUGUUAAUGCUUUAGCAGAAAUUCUAAGUUAUAAUCAUGUAGUUGCUGGUAGAGUUUAUGCAAUUGAUAAAUGCCAAGAGAUAUAUAGAGAGCAUGGGGAUAAGUUAGCCAUUCAAAUAAUGGGGUUUAACCAAGAUGGAGUUGAAAAUUAUGUAGAAAAUCAUGUUAUAGAAGAAAAAAAAGAAGUUGUUAAAGCAACUUUAAAAGAGUCUCCAAUUGCAAAAGUUAUGGCAACUGUUCCAUUUUAUUUAUCUUCCAUGUGUAAAAUUAUUAGUGAUUCAAGCAAAAUAUAUUCAACUUCUUUCUUAACGAUGACAGAAUUGUAUGCAAAUAUUUUUUUAUACUUUUUGCAAAAACACAUUAUCAAAAACAAUGGAUUGAUUUAUGAAAUGAUGGCAAAUGAAAAUAAUAAGAAAUAUGUUUUAACCAUUUGUAGGAUAGCUUUUGAAUUGUUUAUUGAAAAUAAAUUUAUUUUUUCAAAAGAAGAAAUUUUACUAUUUAUCAAUAACUUUAAUGAAGUUGAUGAAAGUCUUUUUGGUUUUAUUGAAAUGGUUGAAACACAUCUUGGUUAUUUUUACCAAUUUGCACAUUUGACUCUAAUGGAGUUUUGUGCAUCUGUAUAUGCAUACAAUUGUUUAAGCUUUGAAGAGAUUAUGGCAAAUAAAAAGCUGAAGAGUUGUUUAUCAAUGAUUUGUGGAUUAAGCAAUAAAAACCAAAAUAUUUUAUUAAAGUUUCUUGUUAACCUGAAUCCUUCUAAAAAAUCAAAAGAGGAGUCUUCACUUUUGAUUCCUAUUUUGGAUAGUCUAUCUAAAAGUGUUACAGUUUACUUUGAUGGUGAUUUCGAUUUAUUCUACGAAUGUUUUUACGAAAGUCAAACGUCAUUCACUGAUGAAAUAAACUCAGUUGUUGAUGAACAAAAUAAUCGAUUGUCUGGUUUCAAAAUAGAAUUGAUGGAUGGUGGCUGGGUAAUUUCGAUUAACGAUAGAAAAACUUUAUACGCAACUUCUUGCGAGAAUUAUUUCAUAAAUUAUUACAUAAAAUCUGGAAGAAAGUUAAAGUUGUUAUAUGUUAAUAAAAAUAUUUUAAGUGAUGAAGAAAAAAAUCUUUUAAAUCGCUGUUUAACUAAUGUUCGCUUUGUCAUCCUUCAACGUUCAAUUAAUUUCGAAGGAUGGAAACCCAAAGAUAAGAUUAAAGCGUCGACUAUGAUAGCGAUCUCAGAUUAUUUAAUAACAAAAAAAGAUUUUGAAGAAAACUUUCUCCCUUGGAUUAAUCUUUGUGAAGAAUUAAUUCUUGAACUUCACGACGACAUUGAUUUCUUUAAAGACAUUUGUAAAUGGAUUCGUUGUUCGAACAUUAAAAAGUUUCAGAUCAAGUACCGUGGAAUCAUCGUAACCUCGAUGAAUUAACUUUAUAACGCGGAAAAAUGUUUAAUAUUAUAAAUAAACUAUAACUAAUAAUAAUUGAUUAAACUAUAUAAACUAUAAAUAAUAAUAAUCUUAAACUAUAAA